CGGACUUUCCAUCAGAUGGACGUUUAUCCAUGUUCGCCCGGUGUGGAUGGAGAGAACCUCUCCCCGCUUCUCUCCUCAUCCUAGACGGGGGGCGGGGUAAUAAAUCGAGGGGCACUCAAAGGGAUCCCAAAUGUGGGAGAUGAACCCCCCAGCCCGGGAAAUAGCGAGGCUAGUGAAGCUGGGCCAACGGGCUCCCUCUUCCUGGGGAGUUUCCCGCUGCCCCCGGCGGGCUCGAGGGAGAGGCUUCCGGGCUGGGCUGCGCUCGGCCUCCGCCUCCGGGCACCGGAAAGUCCCAGUGCGCCGCCCCACCGCCGGGUGCCUUUCGUUUUCGAGGCAGAAGCAGAAGCAUGGGGUGGCGGCUGCCCGUCUUGCUGGCGUUCCUCCUGGCGGGGCCAGGUAAGGCGGCCGCGGGCCGGGUGGGACGGGCCGGGGGCCGCCUCUGGGACGCCCGAGGGCUGCGCGGGACUCCGGGGACGGGCGAGAGAAAAGCCGGAUUCAGGCAGCGCAGAGUUCCCCUGCGGGAUGGCUCUCCAGAAGGGUGGGCAAAUUCAGGGAGGAGGAGGAGGGGGCGACUGAGGGCUGCUCUGCCUCCUGCUUCUGAAUGCCAGUCUCUGGAAACCGGAGCUGGGGGGGGGGGAGAAGUGGCCCCUGUGAGGACCGGGGCUGGACCAGAAGGGACACGGGACUGAGCCAACAAGGCUUUUCCGAUGUUCUUAACGGAGGCGUUCGGAGCAGCUAUUGCAAAAGCCCCCCCCCCUCUGCGCUGGAGGAGCCACUCCCCCUCUUGGACCCCUUCCUGGAGCUCCCUUGGGUGGCACCUAGAAGGCUGAACAGGGUCCUUGGGGCAAGACACCCCCCCCCCACUUUGCCAGGCUCUCAGCCCUAUGGGGGUUUCGGCUACAACAAAUCUGUGGUUAGUUUAGGGCAGCCUCCUGCCCCCCCCCCCCCCCAAAAAAAAAGGAAAACACAACCCGCCAGAUGUUUUGGAUCACAACUUCCCAGCAGGAAAGGCUGUGAUGUGUUUAGUUAGCUACCAGGUUUCUAUCUUGCUUCCCUCCCUCUGCACGGCGGCUGGACCCGCGUGGUCAGUGGUGGCCCUGCUCUGCCCCCACGGACAGAGGCUUCCUCAGACCGGUUUCUGGGGCCCACUAGUGGGGAGAGUGAUCCUUUUUGGUUAGUGUCUGGUGCAAUUGUAAAAUACAAAGCAGUGCCACUACAAAUGCAAAAUACGCAAAGUGUUACUAACGAAAAGCAAAUUCAAAAUUGACCAAGUCCUGUAUAAUGUUCCUGUCAUGCUUGGAGCCUUCCUGUGGGCUCCGCUUUGGGGUGUCUGGUCAGUCCAGGAUGAUGUUGGGCUGAGUGGACCUUUGGCCUGAUCCAGCAGCCAGACUCUUCUCACCUGUGUUAGGAAUCAGCCAGGCGCCAGGCACAUCUUGCGACUGUUGUGGGUUCAUCUGUGACCACAUGGAGACAGAUCUCUGGACGCCAGGUUGGCAGUGGACAUCUCCGUCCGGCUGGCCCCUCCAGCUGUCUUAAGCAGGUCAGCAGAAGAGCUGAUCCAUUGCAUUUAUACCCCUCCUUUUCCUCCAAGGAAGACACAGUUCACCCCCCCCCCAGUUAAUCUCUACAACGACCCUGCCAGGGAGGUGAAGAGGCUGUGUUUGACUCCACCCAGGGCUGAGUGCGGGUUUGAACCUUGAUCUCCCAGGUCCUCAUCUGCCACUCUCACCGCCGCCCCACACUGGCUUCCUAGAGUCCUUUGGCUAGGAGGCAGCUCUAAAAACUGAAUAGGUAAAUAAAUAUGGGGAAAGUAAAAUGCCCUUUAGAGAAGGAUCUGAAAUAUUUUCCUGGAAGCUUGAAUUUCUUUUAAUAAUAAUAAUAAUAAAAUAAUUUUAUUUAUAUUCCACCCUCCCCAGCUGAAGUCUGGCUCAGAGUGGCUAACAACAAUAAAAGUAAAAUAGCAUUCUAAAAUCAAUUCAUUUUAAAAUCAAUUCAAAAUCAAAUUAAUGGCAACCAUUGGGCUAGAGUUCUGUGAGGAUUACCAAAGGAGGGGGUCAGACUGUGCCUUGGCCAAAUUUUAUUCUAAUUUGUUUAAUUUAAUGUUUUGAUGUGCUGGAAAUCACUGUUUAUUUUUGCUUCAUAAAAUGCGUGCACAGCUUGAUUGUUGAAAAAAGGAGGGGAAAUGAAACAACAAAAUCAAGAGAGAGAAAUACAGUGCCUUAAGGCCCACAGAAAGUUAACAAAUUAAAACCUAUGCCAGCGUUUCUGCUUUAUUUUUCUGCCUCUGGGGAAACAGCAACACUUCCACAUUCCUCAAGCCUUUGCUACUUUUGCUGCAACAGAAGGAGAGCGAAAGAGGAGCCCUGCCAGUUUCUGGGCGUUCGCUUCCUUAAUGGACUGACUCCAGCUACAAAAGCUGAGGCUGGGGUCUUGCUUUGGAGGUUUCUGUGGGGGCCAGCGAUCGUUGCUGUUACUGAUAGUCAAAAGGACUCUCUUUGUGUUGUAUCUUUGGGUUAGACUUUGCUGUGAUUUAUGUGGAAGUUGCUCAGUUUGGCUUUGCAUUUUUUUAACUUUUGAUUUCUCAUUCAUGGCUACAUUUGUGACGGUUUCUUUCAUGUUGGAAGCCGCCUUGAGCAUGGAUUUAACUGUGGAAAGGAGACAUAGAACUAAAAUUAUUUAUGUAUGGUUGGUUGGUUGGCCACUGGAGGAAGAGGAGGCUGAGCUGGAUCCAGCGGUCAGGCUCUUCUCCUAGACUUAAGGAACCUCCAGGCCCAGAAGCAGUCUAUCUAGAUUCCUAAGUUUUUUUUUGGGGGGGGGGGGCAUUUGGAUACUCAGGGGACAGGAUGCUAGGUGAGAUGGGUCCCCUUUGGGGCCAUGAAUUUGUCUAAUCCUCUUUCAAAGUCAUCUGGGUUGGCGGUCGUUGCUGCCUCUUGUGGAAGGGAGUUCCACCGGUUAACUAGGCAACACACCGUCAAUGCCAUCUCAGUGUAUUGGUGGUGGGUUCACACGUGUCAUUUCACUUUGUGGGCCAUUGUGUACCGCUCCCUCCAUGUUCCUGCUUUAGUGCCAUCUUGGGGUGGGGAGGCUCCCUUGUGCUCCUGCGCAAAAACAGGGAGGAAAGUUCUCCCCAGUUUUGGAAUGACAAAUUACAGUCUUUCGAAAGUGGAAAUGGAGCAAUCUAUCCAGUGCUGUUUUUGUAGGAAAAGAGGUGCCAGAACUCACCAUUAACACCUCCCUUGUUCUCUUAUAAUGGAUAAUGGCGCCCAUCCGAGAGGCCCUGAAACUGAGUUCCAGAGAGUUCUGGGUGGAGAAAAGCCCUGCAUCCAUUUGCCCUGAAGCUUUUGCAGGGACAACUGAUACUGAACACAGGAUUGGGCAGCAUUGCUAUUCUUAUUAUUUCAUACAAUGUAUGAAAUGAUUAUGGAAAACCUCAAAGUGGUUAACAAAAAAAGAUCACAACCCUCCUUUAAAACAUGUUGUUGUUUAGUCGUUUAGUCGUGUCCGCCUCUUCGUGACCCCCUGGACCAGAGCACACCAGGCGCUCCUGUCUUCCACUGCCUCCCUUAUGCUGGGAGCUUGGAGAACACUGUCCCACCAUCUCGUCCUCUGCCGUCCCCUUCUCCUUGCGCCCUCCAUCUUUCCCAACAUCAGGGUCUUUUCCAGGGAGUCUUCUCUUCUCAUGAGGUGGCCAAAGUCUUGGAGCCUCAGCUUCAGGAUCUGUCCUUCCAGUGAGCACUCAGGGCUGAUUUCCUUCAGAAUGGAGAGGUUUGAUCUUCUUGCAGUCCAUGGGACUCUCAAGAGUCUCCUCCAGCACCAGAAUUCAAAGGCAUCAAUUCUUCGGCGAUCAGCCUUCUUUAUGGUCCAGCUCUCACUUCCAUACAUCACUACUGGGAAAACCAUAGCUUUAACUAUACGGACCUUUGUCGGCAAGGUGAUGUCUCUGCUUGUCUAGAUUUGUCAUCACCUUUAAAGCAUACAAAAGUUAAAAUACUAAAACAAAUCAGAAUUACCUCGACUUUCUUCUUUUAAUAAUAUUUAUUAUUAUUAUUAUUUCAAAUUUUACCAAUUCCUUUACAGUACAAUCCGAACAAAUCUCUCAUAUCCUUUGACUGGGCACCCGUGGGAUCCUUUUGUUAACUUAUAAAGCUGCUAUAUUACUUAUAUUUUAUCCAUUAUAUGCAUUAAUUCUAAAUUAUUAAACUACAAUUUCUCCUCUGUUGCUGCACUUCAAAUCCUGCAUACGUUUUAACAUAACCAUCGUCAAAAUUACAUCAGCUUUCUGAGCAUCUGGGUUAGGCUUGCAUAAACAAGAAUACUUUCAGCAGGUGCCAAAAAGAACACAGGGAAGGCGCCUGUUUCAUAUCAAGUGGCAGGGAGUUCCAAAGGGCAGGCCGUACUAAAAGAUCAGGUUCUUGUAAAUGUGGAACAGGCCUUGUGUGGCAUCUGCAGCAGUGCCAGUUCCACCAAUUGAAGGGGCAAAGUGUUCUCAUGGGUAAACUGGUCCCAAACUUUUAAGGGUGUUUCCGUGCGCUGCUCUGGUUCGCCAGAAGCGGCUUAGUCCUGCUGGCCACAUGACCCGGAAGCUGUACGCUGGCUCCCUCGGCCAAUAAAGCGAGAUGAGCGCUGCAACCCCAGAGUCAUCCGCGACUGGACCUAACGGUCAGGGGUCCCUUUACCUUUAUGCUAACAGCAGCACCUUGAACGGCCCGGUUGCAAAUGGGCAGCCACUGCAAAGGUGUUCUACGCUGACCAAACCUUGUUCCCUUUAGGAAUUAAGCAUAACCCCACCCCAAAAUCAAGCCCCCUUUGCUGGGCCCAGGGCAAAGAGAACUCGGCCCUUGCCUGCUUCUCCUCCUUCUCUUCCUCAUUCAUUGUGGGCCAAAACGGCCCUCUCCGCUCUCCACUCUUUCCUGAAGCUCUGCUCUUCUCUUUCCACAGCUCUAGGGAAUGAGGGAGCAGCUGCUGGGACUUGUGGCUCCUGCCAGAAACACUCCAAAAAGCAGGGAAAAUUAAGCAAAUACCCUGGGCGGAUGAAAAACUGGGAAACCUGCAUGGACUUAGUCAAGUAAGUAGGCCACCCUCCCAACACCCUCGCCAGCCUGGAACAAGGGACUUUUCCCUGCCUGCCAUCCUUUGGCGGCUCCGUUACGUCUCUGCCAGCCACCUGGCUCUCCACCUCCAUCCCUCCGCUCCAUUCCGUCCUUUUCCUCGACAGGUUCACGUUCCCCCAAGGAGACUGUUACCUCGGCUUAAAGAGCAGCGACUGGGUCCAAGCACUGAUGAAAGAAUUCCCUGAAAAAGGUGAGUGAAAAAGAGCAAAAAAAAAGGUUUGGGGGUGCUCUGGCUGGCGAGAAGUGAAGGGGCCUAGUGGUCAGGCAGGGACCUGGGAGAGACCCGAGUUCGAAUCCCCACUUGGCAGCCACGAAGCUCGCAAGGUGGUGCCCAGUCCCUGCUUCUCUCAGCCCAGCCUCCCUCACAGAGAUUCUGGCUGAACUUUCUGAGGGCAUCAGCCAACUGGACUCUGGAAAGGGCUUAUUGGGAAGGUGGAGGCUUUCAGACAGAAUUUGCGCAGCCCCCCAUCAGGGAACCUUCAGCCACGAUCCCUCCACGAGAAGACACCUGGAAGCAUUAAAAACCUCUUCUUCUAAUGGGAGGUUUUUAAUGUUUCAAGGCUUUCGUGCUUUAAAGCCCUAUGUGGCCUAGGACCCUCGUACCUACGGGACCGCCUCUCCUGGUCUGCCCCACGGAGGACCUUACGGUCUUCAAACAAAAACAUCUUGGAGAUCCUGGGCCACAGGGAGGUCAGGCUGGCCUCAACCAGAGCCAGGGCUUUCUCGGCCGUGGCCCCGAUCUGGUGGAACGCUCUGUCCCAAGAUACUAGGGCCCUGUGGGACUUGACAUCUUUCUGCAGGGCCUGCAAGACGGAGCUGUUCCACCAGGCCUUUGGUCAGGGCACAGACUGACCCCCUCCUUUGGUAAGCCUCACAGAACUUUAGCCUAAUGGUUGCCAUCAUUUUGAGUUUAAUUAAUUUUAUAAUGAAAUGUUUUUAGAAUGUUGUACUAUUUUAUUGUUGUUAGCCGCCCUGAGCCCGGCUUUGGCUGGGGAGGGCGGGAUAUAAAUAAAAUUUUAUUAUUAUUAUUAUUAUUAUUAUUACUACUACUACUACUACUAAUAAUAAUAAUAUUUUGUUGGGAGCCGCCGAGUGGCUGGGGCAACCCGCUCAGAUGAGCGACAUAUAAAUAAUAAAAUAACCAUUACAGUCGUACCUUGGUUUUGGAACAGCUUAGUUCCCGAACGUUUUGGGUCCCGGAUGCCGCACACCCGGAAGUGACUGUUCCGGUUUUUGAACAUUCUUUUGGAAGCCAAAUGUCUGGCGGGACUUCUGAUUGGCUGCGGGAGCUUCCUGCAGCCAAUCAGAAGCCGUGCUUUGGUUUUGGAAUGCUUUGGGAGUCAAAUGGACUUCCGGAACGGAUUCCGUUCAAAUUCCAGGGUUCAACUGUAUUAUUAUUGCAGGAGGCUGGGCUAGAGGACCCUCAAUCCUAUGAGCCUGUGAAUGGCCUGUCUUCCUGCCCCCCAGCAGUCUCAGUGUGCAUUUCUCUCUCCCGCAGAAAAGGGUCUUGUGAUGCUGAGUCCAAGUCCUGCGCCUCCCAAGCCGGCCCCCACCUCUGCACCCAAGCCCUCCACCUCCCAAGCCCCCCUCUCAUCUCAGUCCCCCACGGUCUCGCUGAGGGUCCUUGAUGAGACCUCAAUGGGGGUCCUCGACGAGACCCCUGCCACGCAUCCAGCUCCAGAGGUCCCCAAGGAUGCCACACAGCCCCCCAUGUCAACCAGAAGUGCUGCGCCACUCGGCCACGGUGAGUGUGUGGUGCUGGGAGGACUGGGGCACCUGGAAAGGGACUUCCCACCCUCUUUAAAGUCCCUCGACUGUGCUUCAAAAUUAUUUGUUUGCCUUGCAGAUCCCUGGGCAGCCGGGCCCGCUAGCCAGGCCCCCCAGACGACAGAAAGGGGGGUCUCACCAACAGUCGUGCUUUCUUUGCUGGCUGUCACCCUGGUUGCCGUGGCCAUUGCCACCAUCGUGGUGUGCCGCAGGAGACACCGGCAGCGGCAGGCGACCCUCAUUCCUCUCGGCGACCCAGGUGGGCAAGGAGGGGGGCGGUGGGAAGUCUCCUCUGCUCCCCCCCCCCACAGAACAGCCUUUGGCAACCUGGCGCUCUCCAGAGGUUGUGGACUGCAACUCGAAUUGUCCUAACGAAUCCCUCUUUCCCCUUUCAACAGAGGAGCAAAUACACCUGCCACAUCAUCGCGAGAAGACCUGAAGCCAGCCUGGUGGCCGCUGGAGUAAACAGGGGGCAGAUUUUGCCAGAAUUUCCAGCAAGUCUGCUGCAUCACUUUGUUCCAAGGGUUGGGGGGGGGGGGCAUGAAAGGACUUUGAGCCAAGGGGGGAGAGUGGGAAAUGUAGAUACUGGAAUCCCGUUGUGUGCAAAAGGUGUCCCUUGAAAAUCUACGUCCUGUUCUCAAAAGGCUUUUUAGGGGUGUGUGUCUGGCAGCCAAACCCCCAAAGUCCCCCCCCUCGUUGCACUUUACCCAUGUGCCUUUCCCUCUGCCCCCUUAUUUUUGUACAGAAGCACAGAAACUGUAGAGUUGGGAGGGACCCUGGGGGUCAUCUAGUCCAACCCCCUGCAAUUCAAGAAUCUUCGCUACAGUAUCCAUGACAGAUGUCCACCCGACCUCUGGCUAAAAGAAGGGAGUGUCCACCAUCUCCUGAGGGAGACCAUUUCUCUGUUGAACAGCUCUUGCUGUCGGAAAGUUCUUAGUGGGAAAGGUUUAGUGGGACUCUCCUUUCUUGCAACUUGAAGCCAUGAGUUCGAGUCCUACCCUCCAGAGCAGGAGAAAACCAGCUUGCUCCACCUUCCAUGUCUCCUCUCAGCCUCGACCUUCCGAGGGCCAGAAGACCAAAUGAUAUGUCAUAAGAAUAUGUAAAUAGAAAUGGUUAAAAAAUUAAAUAAUUUUGCACAAAGGAGGA